AUGCGAUACAUUUUCGUCGAGCUCUCCAUACCCAACAAUCCAGUCAUAAGUACCUCCAUAUCAACAUAUGACGGUAGCCAUAAGUCUCAAUGUAUCUUUCGUACAAAUUAUGCAAAGCUGCUGGAGUCAUGUGACUCUGAUAAUACUCUCACAAUACUUUGUCAAAUUAAACUACCAGGACCAGUCACCUCAAAGGUGAUCGAAGCAAGGAAAUCUAUGAAGCAAGCAUUCGAUACUCAAAAAGGGCAGUGGUGUCAAGAUUUUCGCCGACUUUUGGAGGAAUCAAAGUUCACUGACUUUGCACUCCUUGUGGGAACCCACAAAUUCCCAGCACAUAAGCUCGUUUUGGCAGCUCGCAGCUCAGUUUUCUCAGCAAUGUUCGCACAUGAGGAGACGGAAGAAAAUCUCAAAAACGAAGUGAAGAUUGAGAACAUGGAGCCAGCCACCAUACAAGCCAUGCUUGAAUUUUUCUACACAGACAAAGUGACAAAUCUGGAGGAAUUAGCUCAUGAUUUAUUGGAAGCAGCUGAUAAAUACGAUGUACCACUCUUGAGGAGUAUGUGCGAGGAAGUUCUGUAUGCGACAGUCAACGCAGAGAAUGCUGCGGAGAUCUUGAUUUUGGCUGAUCUUCAUCGUUCCCCCAAAUUGAAGGAGCAUGUUAUGGGGUUCAUGGCUGAUCAUCUACGUCAUGCAGUGGAGUCUGAUAGCUACAAGGUGAUGGAAGAAGUUUAUCCUUCACUCACGAAGGAAUUGAUGCGAUUUAUUGCUGUUAACAAGUAA